GUGGUCACAUGUUGCUCAUGUGCGCAGUUGUUUUCGGCUCCUUGACUCCGCCCCUCCGCGCCGCUCCGGUUAUGAAAGCGGAGCAGUGGGCGUGUUUUAAAGCCGAGUCCUCCUUUGCUGCAGCGUGUCUCUCCAUCUGAUCCACUGUCGGCGAUGCUCCGUGUCACCACCGCCUCCCUGUGCGCCUCCUGUCAGAGGAUGAGGCUGCUCCUCCCUCCCUCGGCCUCCACCUUCACCUCGGCUCCCCCCGACAAAAGGCCGGAGAACCAGCACACCGUGGACUCCCUCUAUGAACUGUCGGUGGACGUGCGGAGGGUGCGCAAGUGCAAGGGCUGGGUCCUGUCCGAGACAUCGGCGUACGUGUCCGAAACAGCUGAUCUGCUAAGGGACAUGGGCGGAGACACGACGGCGAUCGCCCGCAUCCUGGAAACCCACCCCGAGGCCGUCCUGUGUCGGCCGGAGGACGUGGCCGCCCAGAGAGACCUCUGGGUGUCCGUGUGCCCCAACAGGCGCGAGCUGAUGAGCAUCAUCGAGAAGUUCCCCGCCUCCUUCUUCACAUCGUCUCACCACGACAACCAACGGGCCAACAUCCUGUACCUGCAGAGCCUCCGCCUCAGCAAGCGGAUCAUCGGCAAACUGAUGGCGAGCGCCCCGCAGAGCUUCAGUCAGCCCGUGGAGCGCAACCGGGAGGUCAUCCACACGCUGAGGGAGAUCUACCUGGACCUCGGCGGCGACGAGGGCAACGUGCGCGUUUGGCUGCAGAAGCUGCUCAGCCAGAACCCGAGCAUCCUGCUGCGGCCAGCCGAGGCCUGGAGGGACAGUCUGGGCUUCCUCACGGAGCAGGGCCUCACCACAGAGGAGCUGCUCAGCCUGGUCUCCAGCCUCAGGGCCUCCAUCGCGGAGCUGAAGCCCGAAGUCAUGCGGCAGGCGCUGGCCUACGUCGAGGGGGCGCUCGCCUGCUCCGCGGACGAACUCAAGCAAAUCGUGAUCCGCUGCCCGGCCGUCUUGUACUACUCCCUGCCCACGCUGGUGGCGCGCUUCCAGGGGUUGAUGGACGUCGGAGUGAGCGCGGAGCAGGUGAAGGGAGCUCCGAACGUCCUGGAGCUCACCACGCAGAUCGUCCUCUACCGUAUCCAGAAGUUGGCCUCCUACGGGUACGACGUGCGCUCCGGCAGCCUGGACGUCAUCGUCGGCACCAAGAAGGACUUUGAGAUGAGCUACGCCAAACUGCACCUCAGACGGCAGAGGCCACUCUUCAACCCCGUAUCUCCGAUCAGGUCUGCGGAGGACUGAACGUCAGCAUGUGAGGAGAUUCUGCACUACGCUGUGUAUGAUGGGAUUGUGUGAGGGGAUUUGAGACUCUCAUCUUCAUCAAAACGCACAAUCAAACCUCCAGUAAUGCAAAAAUGAACAUGGCCUUCAUCCUGGUCGUUGGAUUUGCUGCUGAGAGCUCUUCUGAAACUAUGACACUGUUUAAAAAAAAAAACCUUUCUCAGGGUCAGGAAAUAAACCAAGUACUGUACAGAAAUGAGUGCCAAGACAUCGCUUGUGUAACUUUGAUUGUGGUACCUGAACGCAACUGACGAACAAUAAAUGUUAUUUCUUUUGUUCUGA